AUGGCUAGUGAAGAGAGUUUUAUAGUGUUAGUUCAUCACAGAGGAUCGAUUAAGAAGAAAAUACGUUCUGGUGUGAAGUUCACCGAUAAGGAUCCUCUCAAUAUUUUUAUGAGGCCUACGACGAGCUAUGAUGACCUUGUUAAUUCUGUAUUACAGAAACUUGGUCUGCAAGGCGUGAAACGGGUUAAGAAAUUUUUCUAUCGCAUUCCAAUCUCAAUGCUACAAGAAAUCGUGAAGUAUGAUUGUUUCACGAUCGGGAGUGAUGAGGACUUGCAGGUCAUGUUUCAUUGUCGUCGGCAGUUUUCCAAAGUUAGGACACUUGAACUGUUGGCGAAGUUGGUUGAUGUGGUAUCUAGCUCGGGGGGUUCGAACCGGAAUACCCACACUAUAGGCAUGGUAGCUGGUUCUAGCUCCAGACCUGUUGGUGCAUCUUCGUUCGUCCUUGUGAAUGAACCUCCGGUCGAGCCUGUCGCCUCCCCUUCGUUCACUGUUGAUCUCAACUACGAUGAUGAUGUGGAGCCAGAUAUCAUUGCUAAUGACAGUGGCGAUGAUAUUGGAGCGAGUGAGCCAGCUGGGGCGGGAGGUGAUUCUAGCUCUGGCACACAGCAGUACCCUCCGCACUUUUCAUCUUUGGACUUGGAUGCCAUGAGACGGGAGUGGGUUCCUGGGGAGCCUGCUGGAUUUGGUGCUAGAGAUGCCGAGGGGUCUGCAAGUCUGACAGAGUUUCAGGUUGGUCAGCAGUUUCAGAAUAAAGAUGAGGCUGUGUUAAGUGUGAAGACGUAUAGCAUCCGACGCGGGAUACAGUACAAGGUGGUGGAGUCUGACUAUCGCCGGUAUGUUAGAAAAUGUUAUGAGUUUGGGAAUGGGUGCACAUGGUUGAUUAGGCUAUGCCUCCGGCAGCGCAAGGAGCUGAUGCAUGCAUCCGUCAGCAUCAAGGUGCUCCUGAAUGCGACGGCGGCACACUUUGGGUUCAGGCCGACGUAUAAGAGGGUUUGGUUGGCGAAACAGAAGGCCGUUGCCCACAUCUAUGGUGAUUGGGAUGAGUCGUACAACGAGCUCCCGCGGUGGGUGUUAGGAGUUCAGUUGACGAUGCCAGGUACUGUUGCAGUCCUUAGGACGAGUCCUGUUCGAGUUGGGGGCCAGGUCGACGACUCGCAAGCUUAUUUUCACCGACUGUUCUCGACAUUUUCGCUAUGUAUUGGGGCAUUCCGACAUUGCAUGCCCUUGGUGAGUAUUGAUGGCACCCAUCUGUAUGGCAAGUAUGGGGGUACGUUGCUCGUCGCGAUUGCACAGGACGGGAACUCCAACAUACUGCCUGUUGCAUUUGCACUGGUUGAGGGUGAGAAUGCCGAGUCCUGGUCCUUCUUUCUCUCCCAUCUCCGGCAGCACGUGACCCCACAACCGGGUCUACUGGUUAUAUCAGAUAGGCACAACGGAAUCAAAGCUGCGCUUGAGGCUCCUGACGAAGGCUGGCUGCCUCCAGCUGCCUACUGUGAAUUCUGUAUUCGACAUGUGGCAGCAAAUUUCGCCCUGACCUUCAAGGGCAAGGACGCAAGGAGGCUUCUUAUGAGUGCAGUCUAUGCUAAGAUUGAGGUGGAAUUCGAUUACUGGUUUGAUAUUUUGCGGUCUGAAGACCCUGCCAAGUGUGACUGA